UGCACCAAACCUAUUUCUUCCAAGACAAUAAUUUGUUUCGGUUGAAUUGAAUCAAACGAGUUCCAGGUCAAGUGAUCCUAAUCUGGCCCAUUAGCAUACUCGCUUGUAAACGAUAGUAAAUGUUCUAUACUCCCACUAAUAACGCAGGUUUAAUACAAUAAUAAUACCCACUAUGCCACUCAGCACUAAUUAUUUCACAAUCUAAUCAGCUUCCCCUCGUAAUUACUUUGGCCCUUCCACUCUACCAUUUACUUGUAACAGUCAAGUCCUAAGUGACUAUAUAAACUCUCUAAGGUUAUAUCUCUCAAUUCUCAUCACAAACAUAAGCAAAUUCACCAUAUCCACUCUUUAUCUUUUUUUCUUUCGACCUUACCAAUCUGUGAGAUAUGGCUAUCAAAUCCAGUUUCAUGGUAACCACGCUCAUGCUCAUGGUGGCUUCCUCCAUAGUGACAGCUCGACCUCUCAUGAAACCAUCUGUGGGCUCGUCGUCUCCCCCCACAAGCCUUGUGUACAGGCUCAGGCUUGAUGAAGAUACAGGUUACUGCUGGGACUCACUGAUGCAGCUCCAACACUGCUCUGGAGAGCUGAUCCUGUUCUUCCUCAACGGUGAGACUUACAUUGGCCCUGGGUGUUGCAGUGCUAUAAAAACAGUUGGACGCAAGUGUUGGCCUACUAUGAUUGGUGUUCUUGGGUUUACUGCACAAGAAGGUGACAUGCUCCAAGGUUACUGUGAUGGCCAUGACUCUGACAACAAUGGUGAAGACCAUGCUCUUGCCUCCUCACCUCUGCCUCUGUCCGUGAACUACAAGCCUACGGUUGUUAGAUCCUUUUCUAACCCUUGA